AUGAACCAAAAGACGAUACUGGGUUAUUUGCGAAUUAACGAUAUAGAAAUCGACAAGGAACUGGACAGACGAACACUGAGCGCAGAGAGAGGUUUCCGUGAGGCCAAAAGAGUUGACAAGUAUACGAGCAAAAGACCCAUCAUACUAGAGUCCAGGGAUCUCAAGGCUUAUGAGGCCCAGGAAAUUCCGUUCUCUUGCGGUGCCAAACGGGCUUAUCACCCUCAAGACCCGAAGAGCCUCUGCAUCAUCGACUCCGACGACAACAUCCCGGCCGACGGUGUCGUGCUUGAAGAUGCGAUGGCCCUGGCCUUGAAGCUUCACAAUGCUAGUCCUGAAGAGUUUGGCCUGCUUCCCUGUCGGGGAUUGACAAAGCACCCCAGGGCUCCCACGCAGCCAAGACGCGACAUCACCAUGGUCUUCAGGUUCCCCCAGCAAUACAGUACGGUAAACAGCCUGCGACGGCUUCUUCUUGAAACUCAAGGUGGCCUUGCGCAAACACCACAGGGUCGUAUUGACCGUCUGGCCAUGGCCAAGCACCUUGUCAAGGCCGUUUUUUCGGUGCACUUGUACGACUUCGUCCACAAGAACAUCCGUCCCGAAACUUUGAUGUGCUUUGGCACUGCCGCCGAGGAACAGAACGGACGACAUUCUGACAAGGCCCAGACCCGGUCUGCCCAGGAGGCGGCCAAUCUGUAUCAGCACCCUGAACGGCUUCGGUCAGAUCUUGACGACUCCGAGCUAUACGUCAUGCAGCAUGACGUUUAUAGCCUCGGUGUGUGUCUUCUCGAGAUUGGCCUGUGGAGGAGCUUUGUCACGUACGAUGAUCGUGGCGCGAAGGUUGGACGGGGCUUGCGUCUUCCGGAUGGCAGGAUGCCGUCGGCGGAUGCGAUCAAGAACCACCUUGUGAAUCUUUCUGGGCCAGAGUUGGUUGGGGAGAUGGGUGUCGAAUACAGCGAGGUAGUUCGCCGGUGCCUAACCUGCUUGGAUGGGGGAAAGGGAUGGAUCACAGAGAGUGACUUCCUGUCGAAUCCCUACGCUGGCGGGGUUACGGUUCGUUCUUCUUAUACCAGAGAUGUUCUUUCAAGGAUCAACAAUAUUGUGGACAUGGACGUGUAA